AUGUUCAAAACACUAAUAAAAUCGUCAUAUAUACAGCUCAAUCUAAUCUCAAAUACUAUAAGAUCCACAUAUAAACCAAUCACUUUCAUCACAUACAAAUACUUUUCACAAUCAUCAAUAAAUUAUAAAACAAAUACAUCAACUCGAACUAAAGAAAAUGUACAUGACUUGAAGACUUUUUUAGAAUUAAUAGGACGUAAUUGUGUUGAACAUCUUGAUUCAUUUGAAGGUGACUUGAAUAAAUUUUUAGAAACACCAAGUAAAAAAAUGAAAGAUAUUGGAAUUGAUACAAGAACGAGAAGAUAUUUAUUAAGAUGGAAACAUAAAUUUAUAAAUAAUUUAGAACCAUUAAGAGAACAUCCAAGAGGUAAAAAGAAAAAUGGUGGUGAAAGAAAAGCUAAAACUGUUAUUGCAAAAAGAAAAGCUUUACAAAGAUUGGAGGAUAAAGAAAAAUUUAGUCAACAAGAAAUGGAUGCUGAAAAUAGAGGUGAAAGAUUAUUUUAG